CUCUUACAAUGAAUCCAAAUGAACAAGACAUGUUCCAUUGUCUUCCCGACGUUCUUUUACUUACGAUAAUCUCUUACUUGUCGUUCAAGGAAUGUGUAAGAACCAGUGGUAUCUCCAGGAGGUGGAGGUAUCUCUGCCAUGAGCAAAAGAACAUUUCCUUCAAGGAAUCCGAGUACGUGAGCCGUUCUAUCACCGAUCGGUUCUCAAGAUACGACGCAUGAGUUGCCUUUUUCCGCUUCAUCAAUAAAUGGAUCUCUAGAGUUCCUCAUCACCAAGCUGUGGAAAGUAUCGAGUUAUGUUUCUCUAAUCCGGUGGGUUUCACGAAUGCCAUCGAGGCUCUAAUCGAAUUCGCGGUCUCCAAGCGUGUGAAGAAGUUAGUUCUUGAUUUUUCGAACCCUGCGUGGAGAGGCCACGGUGAUGUAUCAAAACUUCAUUACUUUUUUCCUUUGCCAGAAAGUUUUUACAGUCUAACAAGCCUUGAGUCACUAACACUUUACUGUUGUGAGUUUGAUCCAUCCAAACUCACAACCAUGGGAUUGUUACGAAGCCUAUCCAUUGGUUGGAUGGAUUUUAAAAACCUCUACGCUUACGUAUCCAAUCACCCUCCACUAUAUAGUCUAAGUAUCAAACAAUGUUGGGGCAAAUGUUUGGGCUUGAAGGCCACUUUGAUAGCCAGGCAGUUAAGAGAGCUAGUCAUUGAGGAUUCCAACCGUUUUGUGUUUUUCUUGCUUGAGCUUCCCAAUAUACACAGCUUCAAGUUCUCAGGCGAAGUUACUAAGAUGGUCUUCGAAAUAAUGCCUGCGAUCAUAAUUAGAAAUGUCUAUUUAGAUUUUGGGGCAGAGCCUGUGUACGACAAACCAAGUCUAGCAACAGAAGCAAAAGGUGAAGUUAUCUCUAGUUACCUCAAUGAUUUUAAGGCUGCUCAGACCUUGACUGUGUGUCCUUAUGUCCUUCAGGCUAUUCCGGAAUGUCACGAACCAGACUAUUACCUCCAACCUGCAGAAACACAACAUUUGGUCUUGAGAACAAAGAUGCAUACGAAGGAAUUUAUUGGAAUUAAGAUGCUUUUAAGGAACUGCCCUAACUUGGAGACUCUAACUUUAGAAAUCCUUCCUCCAAACCCUGUCCCGAAGGUUCUGAACUAUGGUGGCAUCAAUCCAGAUACAUUUUGGAUGGAAGACGUGACUUAUAGGUGUCUAAGGAGGUCACUAAAGCUCGUGGUGGUUAGGAACUUUGGUGGUACUGUGAAUGAGUUGAAUAUACUGAGGUAUUUGAUUCGUGAGGGCGGUGAGCCUAGAGGUGUGCUGAAAAGGGUGGAGUUGUAUGUGCCGGAUGGGAUGGAGGAAGGUGAAGCGACGGUACUAUCUGCCAAAGCGAAGAUCCUACAAAGCAUUUCGAAGCAUGUACAAGUUCUUUGUGCAUGAUGCUUGACAAGUUAGACCUUUUCAAAAAAGUUUGUUCACCAGUGGAGUUUGUUUGCUUUUUCUUGAUGGGCCUUAUCGAGUGCUUUCUUGCCCAUCAAGUUAUUAGGUGUUUUGCUUUCUUUUCUUCUUAAUUUGUUCGGAUUUUGGAUAA